AUGGAGCAACGAUGGAUAUGCUAUUUGGCACAACUCGUGACAAUUCUGCUUCUGCCCGCGUACGGUCCACAGUUGGUCGGCUCAUCGGCCCGUGCACACACGCUCUGGUCCGACGGUCCGAGCGUGGGUUCCGGUGGUACAGAGAAAUGCUCCAGCAGCGGUACCCUGAAGUACCUGUCCGGCGAUGCACUCGUCGACAGCACGAAUUGCAUCGGACCGAACAACGCACCGUAUCCGGCGGGCAUGGUGGCGCGCACCUUCUCGAACUGGGCCCCGGGAGGUUCGUCUCGGCGUGGCCGCAUGAGCCAGCUGCCGACGCUCGAUCCAAAGCUCACCCAGCGGGCCCUGCUGCAGGCAUACGGUGACGCAAAUGAGGCCGCUUCGAUCGAGAGCGCCCGGACACGAUACAGUCGCUCGCUGGACAGCACCCAGUGCCGGGAUACACCGUCGCGCCUCUGCAAGACCCGCUACAACACCACGGCCCCGAUGUACGGCGUCAGUCUCACUUCCGGCCAGCCGGUCACGAUCGUGCAGAAGUUCCCCGAUCUGCUGCAGCAAGUUGUCUUCGAAGUGUGCGAGUCAUCGGAGUGCGACGUAGUCCGGGGUGAGUGCACGCAAACGUACGUUCCGUACCUGUUCCUGGUGAUCCCGCUCGGGCCCGUCACGCUGACCGGCCAGGACUACGUGCUGGUGGAGAGUGGUUGCGUCUGCAAGCCGAAAUACGCCACCGACAAGCCCCGGGAAGCGGGCGGUAACUUCAUUCCGUAA